AUGGGAGGAAGGAGCCAAAUCGGUGGUUCAGUCUUCCAAAGUAAAUGUGCUUUGGCUUUUCCUUCUACUCCUACUCGAGGAGCGUCGCUGCCUCUCCUCUCACCUCCGUCUUGCCUCCCGGUGGCUCAAGGGUCGUGUAGAUUUCAGGGUUCUCUAGGACCUUUCCUCAGAAAUUCAAUUUCUGUGAGCGGCGGAGCAGAGGGUUCUCCUAAUGUGCUUGCUGCUAGUCACGAUGUCAGAGAUUUGUUGUUGCUGGUUCCACCUGUUGUUGAGGGGUCUAUGGCUCCUCCUGUUCUCAAUCCUUUGCCGAGUACCGAGAUAUGUGAAUCUCUCGAGUGGUUUCUUGGUGUUUGGUUCAACGAAGUCUUCCUCAGCUUGCACCGGUUUGGUUUUGCCGUGCCUUCCGUGUCGCAGCUUGAGAGUACCUUCGGGUGGUCUUUGAUAGCUAAAAGAGUACCUGGACGAACAGAUAACCAAGUCAAGAAUCACUGGAACACUCAUCUCAGUAAGAAGUUCGUCGGAGAUUAUUCCUCCGCAGCCAAAACCACCGGAGAAGACAACUCUCCAGCGUCACUGCUCAUUUCCGCCGCCACAGCUUCUAAUCGUCAACACCAACAAGACAAAAUCUGCGCCAAGAGCUUUGACGGCCUCGUACCAGCUUCGUACGAGAACAAAGCAAACAUGGAUUUGACACAUAGCGACGUCGUAUUGGGAAAUACUAAUCAUCCAAGUCUCGACUUCAAAGAAAGAAACAACUUUGAUGGCAGUAACGCUUUCUGGUUUAAUGAAGACGAGUUCGAGCUCGUGAGUUCAUUCGCUAUGAUGGAUUUUGCUUCGAGUGAUAUUGGCUACUACCUCUAGUUUCAUAACUGUUAGUUUCAUUACUAUAUUAAUUCUGAUUCACUAUGGAUAUUUGAUAUAAAUUAAUGGAAUACGAUC